CUCGGUUAGCUCGUUGGCACCGAUAGCAUCCCCCUCGACACACGUGUCAGGAAAGUACACUGAAGGAAGUCCCGGUUUUUGUUUCCUUAGCCACCCCGGUGGACAGCCUGUACAGGGGACGCUGGCUGUCUCGGUCACUCUGGCACCUGACGCGUCCAGUGCAGCCUCUCCGGACGCGCUGGAGCAGACGAAGGAGAUCCGCGGGUCAACGCGGUUCUUCGUCGGCGAUGAUCAACUCCGAGCCCUGCGCGCUUCGUCGGGAAUGAGCGGCGUCGGCCGUGUGCGCGUCGCUGCCCGCGUUACCAGCAACUCGACCGGAUUUAAAGUGGAGAAAACCGUCGAAGUCCGCCUGAUGCAGAACACGUACCAGCUCACUUUCCACGACUUCCCGCCUUCGCUUCGACCAUCCUUGCACUUCUCUACAAAACUCAGGAUCUCCAGAUAUGACAGAAAGCCUCUGGGCUCACAGGAUCUAAAGUACCCGGCUGUGGUUGAGGUCACUCAGAGAGGGUCCACGAUGGAUGCUGAACGUGCGACUCGGACCGUCCCCGUGCCCGAGGACGGCCACGUCCGCGUCCAGUUUAAAUUACAGGAUCGGGUGGAGAUGCUCUUUGUUCGGGCCAGAUUCCGAUCCAGUGAGGAGACUCUGAAGGUCUACAACAACUACUCCUCUCCUAGUAGCUCAUACAUUCAGAUCUCCCCAGUCAAUACCUUACCUGCACAGAUUGGAUUGCCUCUUCAAAUAGAUGUGGAGAGCACCUUUAAACUGACUACACUUCACUUUGUGGUGAGCUGUAGAGGUCAAGUGGUGGCCGCUGGAACAACAAACUCCUCAUCUUUUUCUCUGACCCCAACACUGUCCUGGUCCCCUGAGGCCUGUGUCACUGUCUACUGCAUCCUUUCUAACGGAGAGGUCACCAGUGACACGGCGCACAUACCCAUCAACCAGCACAACUACGUGUCUCUAAACUGGAGCAGUGACAGGGUUCAGCCAGGUGAGCAGGUAUUGCUCACCGUGACUGCCCUUGAACCCAGGUCCCAGGUAGGAAUUGUGGUAACGGGAACACGUGAUGACGACACUCCAGACGAUGACCAGGACUUAACAGUGAAGCAGGAAUGCAAUAUUAGGAUGCUGACCAAUGCCAGACUGUAUAAGACAAAGCAGACUGAUGGACCUAGAAAUGGGGGUGUCCUAUUGGUGGAGAAGUACUGGAGCCCCUGGAUGGCUGCCACUGAAACCUUGCUGUGGUUAGACACUAAUGUUAGUGCCAAAACAUGGACAAGUGGGAAAAUAACAGUGCCAGAUGGCGUUACUUCUUUGAAUGCUGUAGCAAUGGAAAUGUCAGACAACCUGGGUUUGGGCUUCACUCCUGUGCCACUAAAGUUGACUGUGUCCAAAGACUUCUCCUUGUCUCUGAAUGUCCCAUCAUACCUCAUCAGGGGAGAGGAGAUUGUGGUAGAGGUGAACAUCAUCAACCAUUUAGAGCAGGACAUAGAGGUCAUCGUGCUGCUCACACAGAGCAAGGCCUUUGAGUUUGUGUUGGCGGACAGAGUGGACGCCUCUGUGGUAAAUGCCCAAAAACUCACCUUAGGGAGUCACGUCUCUGCCUCAGCUCUGUUCCCUAUAAGGCCUGUAGCUCUGGGUGAGAUUGAAAUAUCUGUGGAUGCCGUAUGUGCUGAGGCCUCAGACAGCCUAGUAUGGCAAGUGCUCGUUAAGCCUGAGGGCGUUGAACAGUCCUUCUCAGAGACUCUGUUCCUGGAGCUGGCACCAGAGAAGCACUACAAUUCCAAAUCCGUCUCCUUCUCCUUUCCACCAGAUGUGGUACUGGGCAGUCAGAGGGCCCACGUGGCUUUGGUUGGUGACAUCUUGGCCUUGUCCUUUAGUGACUUGGGUUCGCUGGUUCAGAUGCCUCUUGGUUGUGGGGAGCAAAACAUGGUCAGCUUUGCUCCAAGUAUUUAUGUUCUCCAGUACCUGGAAAAGUCAACCCUGGAUGAUAAGGAGAUCAGGAGCAGGGCUAUGGGCUAUAUGAUGGAGGGAUAUCGGAGACAACUGUCCUACCAACGAGACGAUGGUUCCUUCAGUGCUUUUGGAGCCAGCGACACCUCUGGGAGCACAUGGCUGACAGCCUUUGUGCUGCGGUGCUUCCUCCAGGCUCAGCCUCACAUGCAGGUAGACCAGAGUGUCCUGACCAGAGCCAUGACUUGGCUCUUGAAACACCAGGGUCCUCAGGGGGAGUUCAGUGAGGUGGGCAGAUUGAUCCACACAGAGAUGCAGGGCGGACUGGAUAAUGGUCCAGUGGCACUCACUGCUUAUGUGCUGAUGGCACUGCUGGAGGACGAGACCUUUGCGGAAAUGUACCCAGGCAAUGUGUCCCUGGCCCAGAGGUACCUGGAGAACAAAGUGUCCAGUGGGCUGGUCAGUAACUACAGCCUGUGUCUGGUGGCAUAUGCUUUAGCUCUGGCCAACAGUCCUGUGGCUGGCACUGCUCUGUUUGAGCUCACCAGAAGAGCCGACUACACAGAUGGAGUCAUGAUGUGGAGAUCCUCUGCUGGCCUGCAGUCACAUGACUGGCAGCCGCGCGCGGCGCAGAUCGAGAUGGCCUCUUAUGUGCUGCUGGCUCUUUUUAAGCGUGCCAGCCUUGUUGAGGGCAUUGCACUCCUUAAGUGGUUAAGCAAGCAGAGAAAUCAUCUAGGAGGCUACAGGACAACACAGGACACAGUGGUUGCCCUCCAGGCUCUGUCUUACUACGCUGCAUUCAGUGGUGCCAACGCAAUUGACCUCAGGCUUAAUAUAUCGGCCCCAGCAUCUUCGUUUGUGUCUCUGUUUAGUAUCAACUCCAAUAACUAUCGGAUGUAUCAAAGACAAGAGAUUAAUGCUGACAAGGAUCUACACCUAAAUAUAUACAUGCAAGGAAGGGGAUUUGCCAUGUUUCAGAUGAAUGUCUUUUACAACGUGAAGACCACAGCGUUGUCACAGACCCUCCAGCAUGCCUCAAAUGAGGAGGCUUUCUCGUUAGAUGUGGAUGUUACUGAUGAAAGAGACGACAAUCACAUGCUGCUGUCUAUCUGCAUGAGAUUAAAGGACAGCCAGGUGAUAUCUCAUACAGGUAUGGUUAUCUUGGAUGUGGGCAUGCUCAGUGGUUUCAGGAUGUCUCCUGGAGCUGCUGCCCCAGCAGAUCUCAUCAGGAAGGUGGAGAUACUGCCCGAGAAAGUUAGCCUGUACCUGGAUUCACUUACCAAGUCAGAGGUUUGCAUCAGACUUCCCGUCAUCAGAGACUACAAAGUGGCCCAUGUACAGGAUGCCAUGGUGCAGGUUUACGACUACUAUGAACCGACGAGAAAAGCAGUAAGAACAUACAACUCAGAUUUUCUUCACAACAUGGACUCCUGCUUCUUCUGUGGCACAAACUGCGAUCUGUGUACGCCCGGUAUCACCAUCACAGUUUCCUCCCCCCUCUCGUCUCACUCAGUAAGCGUUGCCAACUAUAGCUUGAGUUGCGUAUUUCUUGGAGUUACUGCUUUUUUUAUUGCAGUCUGUUUCUAUGAAAUUUGAUUUUUUUUUUUUAAUUAUUCAAGAAAUGAAUAUAUAUUGAGACACAGUUUUAGUACAGUAUGUACACAUUCAUAUGCACUGGAUGCAAUGUAAAAAUUCUCUACAAAAGUUAUGAUUUCUUGACAAAUGAUUGUAAUAUUUAGAGGACUGUUUGCAUGCUGCUCUUUUGCUAAGUGCACACUUGUUUUCUACUAUUUAGUGUUUAAUGUUUAAUGUUUUAUUGUUUUUGAACAGAACUGUCUGAGAAAUUACUGUCUUUGGAAACCUACCUAUAAAUUCCAUUUAUACUGUGUAUGUAUUUUUUGGUCUGAUACAUUAGAAAACAAAUAAAAUAAUUUCUUUCCU